CUCUCAUCAGCCGUCGAUCACGGAGACAAAGCAUCCUCCAAACGUGGCUCACCAUUUAUUUGGGUCGGACCACUUGGUAUGGCGACUGGAGGUCUUGAGAUGCCCUGUUCGCACACAAAUCCACUGACGCCAGCUCCGUCGGCUGAUAGACUUAAUAGGAUGUUCGUUAAUGCACUUUCCCUGCCAAUCGGUAAGCUUGGCCAUCUUGAAUAG